AUGGCUACUCUUUCUUCAACAACCUUGGCAAGCGAACCAACAGUUGAUGUAUCAGAGACAUUCAAGACAUUCGCUUGGAUAUUUUGUUUGUUAAUCUCGUUGACAGCAUUUUUCGGGAAUGCUGCUUUACUAUUCGCAGUGUAUCGCGAUCCGCUGCGAUGCUUCAAGACCCGAGCGUCGAGCGUGUUCACGAUAAGCUUAGCGGCUUUCGAUCUGCUAACCGGUUUCGUUUAUGCCGUAUGGUACAUUGCAAAUCUCAGCCGCUCGUCAGUAACGCAAGCGACCCCGAUGGAAUUUCUAAUCAAUUUUGUCCACGUUAAAGGACAGUGUGCUUUCCUAACAGUGCUGGCAUUAGCCGUAGAUCGGCAUAUCGCAGUAGCCUACGCGGUACGCUACAAGAAAAUCGUUACGAGACGAAAACUUAUAUUGUGGACUGCGUUAAUUUGGGGAUACUCGUUUAUUUUCACCACAAUUGUGAACAUACUUGACCAACAGAAAUCCGAACAGAAUUUAGUAGACGCUGCUUCGUAUAUGCAUCUCGCAUCGCAUGUUGAAAUUGUUCUCGUGCUGGUAGCUGUCACAGUUCUGUACACUGCAUCCUUUAAAUCGCUACGAAAACACGGCAAAAAAUUGCGGAGCUCUGGUAUGAAAGUUAACGUCGAACGCAAGGCGGAGUAUUUGAAAUCCGAAAAAGAAUUCGCCAUGGCAAUAUUAUUAACAAUGAUAAUUCUGGUGUGCACUGUAACACCGCAUACUAUAUACAUGAUUAUCAAAUUGUCAAAAGGACUAUGCCCUCACUGUAAGACCAAUAAAGACUACAUACGUUUCUCGUAUCUCAGUGAGGGGAUAUAUCUUGUGCUGUUCGCAGCCAAUCCGUUUGUCUACGCCUGGAGGCUGCCUAAAUUUCGUAGCGCGUUGAGACUGUCUAUCAAACGGCGUUCAAGACGCAGUAUAUACUAUGAUAAGACUGAGAGACCGGAGUCUAUGAAAGAAAUGUCAGACAGCCGAAAGACGGGCUCGAUUCCGAGGCUCAAUACCAUUGUAAAAUAA